AUGCCUGAUCCUUUGGCUGUUUAUGUACCUGUAGCAGCCCUCACCAAACCAGUGGUGCGUUCCAUUCUUUUUGCUGUAUUGGAGCAUGAAAGACGAGAUUGGAACCAUAGUCGCCGUACUCUACUUGCUUUCUUACUGGCACUGAAUAAAAAACUCGAGGAAAUUGAAGCAAGUGUAGAGACAAGGCACAAAAUCGGCGAUCAAAUCAUUCGACAAGUUGAUGAUAUUCGCCAAUGGCUUGUCUAUGAGGACGAUUCUGGUAACCGUGUAGAACCAAACUGGGAUGAACUUCGAGCAACAUAUCAAAAGAUGAUUGCUGAUAAAGUGGAUGAUACGUGGACAUAUUAUGGUGGUCACAGAACUAAGCCAUACUACGAAUUGAUUAUCAGUGUGUCACAUCCUGAUAUUGAACGAUCUCGAGUUUACAUGACUCGUACUCGUCAGAAUGGUUUUCAAUCCAAUGAGCUUAAAUUAUAUUGGAAUGCUGAACAAUUGGAAAUUCUUUGUCCAAAAUUUGGAUCACAAGGAGAUAAAUUUUUUCAACCACCACAUGAUCCAUCGGAUGCUGAUGCUGUCGAAGGUCUUUGUCAAUAUCCUGUGUGGCAGCGAAAUCAUUCAGGAAAAAUCACUUACGUCACGAAGGGCAUUGAAAAAACUGUUUUUGACGUCCCUAAAGACGCCCAAAUUAUUCUAUUGAGUUUCGCAGAUGAACAAUCGCCUGGCGGAGGUUAUUUGAUACGGGCAUCCAAUACAAAGGGUGACGGUUCAAAUACUUAUCUCUUGCUUGGACCAAUAGGUACAGGUGCUUUUGGAAACGAUGUUCAUGAUAUUGCUAAUCUUUUUCGAGAAGUACUUCAAUCAAAAAUGAUGAGUUCGAAUGGGCCGAUUCGGCAGGCUUUCGGCAACAUUUGUUAUGCUAUUGAAAUUAAAGUAAAUAAUUAUUUAACGUCGUCACGUGUUGUUUAA